AUGACCCGCAUGAAUUUAUUUUGUCGAGCGGGAGGGUCUAUAAUCAGACAAAGGAAAGCUCAAUUUUGGUGCCUGCACUUCAUGAUAAAGUUAAUCAUGAAAAUAGUUCCCUGUUCUACAAAGAUAACCAAAGUAUCAGGAGUUUAUUCGAGUCAGAACUAA